GUCAUCAAAAUGCAAGAAAGAAAAAUAUAAAAAGUCCUCUUUUGCAUCUGAUUCUGUAAAAAUUGUUCGGAUUAUAUUUUCUCAAUUUAUUUGCUAAAUAUCUAUAGUUUUUCGCUCAAUUCAAAUGAAUUAACAUCUACAGAUAGUUGACUUUAGCCGGAGCAUAUAGUAUCAUGAAAAACAGGUGGCCGUAUAAAACACUUCUGGCGAUAGUAUUGUUGCAAUGCAGUGCAGUAGAGAGCUUUUACGUUCCCGGAGUGGCCCCGGUGGAGUUCCGGAAGGGUCAAAAGAUUGACGUGAAGGCUGUCAAAAUGACCAGCACCCACACGCAGCUCCCGUACGAGUAUUACUCGCUGCAGUUCUGCCUGCCAAAAAACGGUACCUUGGUCUACAAGAGUGAGAAUCUCGGAGAGGUCCUGCGAGGAGAUCGUAUCGUCAAUACACCGUACGAGGUGCGGAUGGCGGAAAAUGUUCGCUGCAAGCUGUUGUGCAAUAGCAGGGAUAGGCCCUUGAACUGGGACAGGGAGCAGUCGGAGAAAGUGGCUGAGAGGAUCAAGCAUGAAUAUUUCGUGCAUCUGAUCGUUGACAAUUUGCCUGUAGCUACUAAAUACAUAAAUCCGGACACAAAUGAGCAGCAAUUUGAGCACGGCUAUCGCCUGGGUCUAGUGGAUGGCAAUAAUGUGUACAUAAAUAAUCAUCUCAAAUUCCGGUUGUUCUACCACAUGCAUAGCGAGAGUCAGUAUCGCGUGGUAGGCUUCGAAGUCGAAACCCUGUCGAUACACAAGGAUCAGCUCAGCUUCGAAGGUGAUACGUGCAGUUUCCCGGAAAGUCCCAGACCACAGCCUGUCUCGGUGCAUGCUGGACACACCCAGCUAUUCUUUACGUACUCAGUCGAAUGGAAGGAAUCGUCGGUCAAAUGGGCUUCGCGAUGGGAUAUCUAUCUCGGCAUGAACGACGUACAAAUUCAUUGGUUCAGCAUCAUCAACUCGCUGGUGGUGGUGUUCUUCUUAUCUGGUAUUCUCACUAUGAUCAUGGUGCGUACUCUUCGUCGGGAUAUUGCAAAGUAUAACACCGACGAUAGCGUCAAUAUCGAGGACACACUCGAGGAAACGGGUUGGAAAUUGGUCCACGGGGAUGUUUUCAGACCCCCGAGACAUCCAAGGCUAUUUGCAGCCGUCAUCGGUAGUGGGAUCCAAGUCUUCUUCAUGGCAAUGAUUACGAUCAUUAUUGCUAUGUUGGGAAUGCUCUCUCCGUCAUCGCGAGGUGCUUUGAUGACAGCGGGAAUUAUGCUGUACGUGUUCAUGGGCUUGAUCGCUGGUUACUUCUCCGCUCGUCUCUACAAGACGAUGAAGGGACGGAAUUGGGAACGAGCAGCGUUCCUAACGGCGACAUUAUUCCCGGGACUGGUGUUCGGUACCUGCUUCAUUUUGAACUUCUUCAUCUGGGAUCGGAACUCGAGUGGUGCCGUUCCAUUUGGAACAAUGGUGGCCCUGCUGUGUUUAUGGUUCGGAAUCUCACUGCCCCUCGUGUACUUGGGGUAUUACUUCGGUUUCAGAAAACAGGCGUAUCAGCACCCGGUUCGGACCAAUAUGAUACCGCGGCAGAUUCCACACCAGCACUGGUACAUGAACCUGGGACUGUGCGUGUUGAUGGCCGGUAUUCUGCCGUUCGGAGCCGUGUUCAUUGAACUGUUUUUCAUCUUUUCGGCUAUCUGGCAGAACCAAUUUUAUUACCUUUUCGGAUUUCUGUUCCUAGUGUUUUGCAUAUUGGUGGUCAGUUGUGGUCAGAUUUCGAUUGUCAUGACGUAUUUCCAGCUGUGCGCUGAGGAUUAUCGCUGGUGGUGGCGAAGUUUCAUCGUGUCAGGCGGCUCAGCGGUGUAUAUUCUUUUCUACAGCAUAUUCUACUUCUUCACCAAACUCGAGAUUACGGAAUUUAUUCCCACAUUGCUGUAUCUAGGUUAUACUGGUUUAAUGGUGACCACAUUCUACAUCCUGACGGGAACAAUCGGAUUCUUCGCCGCGUACAGCUUUAUCCGCAAAAUAUACGGUGCCGUGAAGAUCGAUUAAACUGUCCCUUCGAAAAAGACAACUUUGAGCUAUUAACAUUAACGAUCGAUAAAUCGAUGUGCGAAGGAUUUGUGUGUGUGGCGGGAUUGUGAGUGCUGGAAUAAUUGAUUUUACGGAUGCUCUCGACGAGCAGGUGAAUGUGUGAAUGAGUUUCAUUAAAAUAAGGGAAUGAGUGCAACUUAGCUUUUUUUUACAUGCGACAUUUUUCUCACUAAGUGUCAAUUUCUUCACUCAUGCUUAAAUGUUUAAGUUUUAGACCGAAGAGAAGAAAUUGUUCCGUAUUUUUUAUUAUUUAGCCAAAUCAUUGCUUCAUGAUGAUAUAGACAAGUAAAUUAUAUGUUGUACCUAAACUUUCAAGCAGCAGAGUACAGAAAACGGAUGGAUAAGGCAUGAUUAUAUUUUGUGUAUGGUCAAUCACUCAUAGAAGAAUUUGAAUGUUAGGAGAGAAUUUCCACUACACAUUGGGGAUGAACAAAAGUACUACUAAUGAAA